AUGUCUAUCUCUCCUUUCAAUUGGCCACUCUGGUGGCGCAUCGCUGUUCUACUAAAUGUCAGCUUUUACAACCUUCUCGGGAAUACCUGGGCCUCUGGUCUUUCUCCCGUCUUUGGGUUAAUCAUUCAGGAGCUGCACUGCUCGCAGACUCAAGCUUCCGACUUGGCAACGUAUGCUUUGCUGGCUCUGGGACUCUCUAAUCUGUUCGCUCUUCCUUUAUCCCUACUCAUCGGGAAGCGAUUCACAGUCCUCGGUUCGCUCGUCAUCUUUAUCGCUUGUAACAUCUGGUCCGGAGAAGCCACCGACUAUGCAUCCCUUCGAAAUUCACGCAUCAUUGGUGGACUAGCUGGUGGUCUCGUCGAAGCCCUCGGUCCCAUCAUCGUGGCCGAGACAUUCCCCAGCCACCAGCUCGGAAGAGCCAUGGUGGUCUAUGUUGGCCUCCUCGCUGCCGGCUCUGCAAUUGGUCCACUUGUCGCUGGGGCAGUUGGAGUUGGCUUGGGUAGCUGGAGAUGGUAUCUCAGGAUCCUCUCCAUAGUUCUUGGGCUAAACCUCAUUUGCUCUAUCUUGAUGCUUCCUGAGACAACCCACGAUCUUAACGAACUGAAUAUGACUCAGACCAGGCCUACGAGCUCGGCAAACGCGGAGCCGAAGCCAACGUCCACUUCGAUCGAGGACAUCUAUAUCUCAUCUCCGGCAGAAACAACAAUCGACGAGACUCUUCCACCUCACUUUGGCAAGGAAUGGAUGUCGAGAUCGUUCAGCAACGAGUAUAUGCCCAUGAAGUGGAAGAGCAUGGGUCAGUCAUUCGUCCAGCCGCUGCAGCUGCUUAUGGCACCUCAAGUUCUCGUCACCGUUUACGUCUUUGGCAUAACAAUUGGCUGGACUGUCAUAAUCUCCAUCAUCAUCUCUAUUACUUAUGCUAGUCCUCCCCUACUGUGGAAUUCGAAAUCGAUCGGUCUACUCAACGUCUCUGCUCUUCUCGGUAUUCUUAUUGGCCUUCCCAUCGGUGGCUACUUCGCAGACCUUCUUUUCAUUCGCUCUGCAAGAGGAGGUGCUCGGGAGCCUGAUCCCAGAAGUAGAUUACCAAUUAUGCUUAUCGGAGCACUCGCCAGCCCUACUGGUUGUCUUGUCCUGGGGCACGGAUUACAGCACCCUCAUCACUGGAUCGUUGUCUGCGUCGGAUGGUGUCUACUUGCCUUUGGUCUGACAGGCUCGGCAAAUGUUCUUCUUACUUAUUCAGUCAGCACUAUGCCUUCAAGAGCAGGGGACAUCGGUGUCUUGGUAAAUGUAAUGAAGAACUGCUUAGGCUUUGGCGUAUCCUAUGCCUCUCUUACUUGGAUGAGAGCGAUGGGGACAUUGAAGCAAUUCGCCAUCAUGGGUGCUCUUCUCUGGUUUGGAUACAUUCUGGUGUUUCCGGUAUGGGUCUGGAGCAAGUCUCUUGUACGCAGGAGCGCAAUUUAUACCAGGUAA